CGCGGGGGUGGGCUCUGCUUCCCGGCGGGGUCUUGUGGAGUUGGCAGAGGCUCCUCUGGGAACUGGGGGGCCGAACUGCGUAGAAGAGGGUGGCGGGGCGGAGAGCGCUAAGUGGGAAGCGGAUCCCGGGGCCUGGGACCCGUCGCCGCAGCCAGGCUAGUGAUCCGGAGCAAACGACUUCCGAUCCAGUCCGCGCUGCUGUGGCUCCCUUUUGGGAUUUGAUUUGCAGCAUCUUUGAGCUUGUCCGACAAAAAACCCGGGAAGCACCCCUAGCCCUCCCCUGGCUCUUCGUUUCGAACCCACUCCCUCCCGGGGACACAGCUGGGCGCGUCCACACCCCCGCACCCCUACACCAUGUUGUGCGGAAGGACUUCCACUCCCCGCCUGUGUCGUUGAUGUCAGACCCCAGGCCAGCCUCCGGGCGCAGCAGUUCUCCCGGCUAAGGCUGCGGCUGCGGCUAGGGCUUUAGCACGGAGCCGGCCGCCACCGCCCCCCAGCCUCAGUACCCACCGCCUGCAUGUGUGUGCCAUAGCUGCCUGUCCAUCCCGCCACUCGUGCUCGCCCAGGGCUCUGGAGACCACCGCGGGGGCCCUCUCUGCCCUUGGGAGAAGAGGAAUUGAUUUCGGUGGUUGGAUUUUUUUCGUGGAUCUGUCAGUUCGCGCAAUUCGAAUUUGGAAGAAAGGAAAACAUGACGUCUCCAGCCAAAUUCAAGAAGGAUAAGGAAAUCAUAGCAGAGUACGAUACUCAGGUUAAAGAGAUCCGUGCUCAGCUCACAGAGCAAAUGAAAUGCCUGGACCAGCAAUGUGAGCUCCGAGUGCAGCUGUUGCAGGACCUGCAAGACUUCUUCCGGAAGAAGGCUGAGAUUGAAAUGGAUUACUCUCGCAACCUGGAAAAGCUGGCUGAACGCUUUCUGGCCAAGACACGCAGCACCAAGGACCAACAAUUUAAGAAGGAUCAGAAUGUUCUCUCUCCAGUCAACUGCUGGAAUCUCCUCUUAAACCAGGUGAAGCGGGAAAGCAGGGACCAUACCACCCUGAGUGAUAUCUACCUGAAUAAUAUAAUUCCUCGAUUUGUCCAAGUCAGCGAGGACUCAGGAAGACUCUUUAAAAAGAGUAAAGAAGUUGGUCAGCAGCUCCAAGAUGAUUUGAUGAAGGUCCUGAAUGAGCUCUAUUCGGUCAUGAAGACAUAUCACAUGUACAAUGCUGACAGCAUCAGUGCUCAGAGCAAACUAAAGGAGGCGGAGAAGCAGGAAGAGAAGCAAAUCGGUAAAUCAGUGAAGCAGGAGGACCGACAGACCCCGCGCUCCCCUGACUCCACAGCCAAUAUCCGCAUUGAAGAGAAACAUGUCCGAAGGAGCUCAGUGAAGAAGAUUGAAAAGAUGAAAGAAAAGCGCCAAGCCAAGUACACAGAGAAUAAGCUGAAAGCCAUUAAAGCCCGGAAUGAGUAUUUACUGGCUUUGGAGGCAACCAAUGCAUCUGUCUUCAAGUACUACAUCCAUGAUCUGUCUGAUCUUAUUGAUCAGUGUUGUGACCUAGGCUACCACGCUAGCCUGAACCGGGCCCUGCGCACUUUCCUGUCUGCUGAAUUAAAUCUGGAGCAGUCGAAGCAUGAGGGUCUAGAUGCUAUCGAAAAUGCAGUAGAAAAUUUGGAUGCCACCAGUGACAAGCAGCGCCUCAUGGAGAUGUACAACAAUGUUUUCUGCCCCCCUAUGAAGUUUGAGUUCCAGCCUCACAUGGGAGAUAUGGCUUCUCAGCUCUGUGCUCAGCAGCCUGUCCAGAGUGAACUGGUACAGAGAUGCCAACAACUGCAGUCUCGUUUAUCCACUCUAAAGAUUGAGAAUGAAGAGGUAAAAAAGACAAUGGAGGCUACCCUGCAGACCAUCCAGGACAUUGUGACUGUUGAAGAUUUUGAUGUGUCUGACUGUUUCCAGUAUAGCAAUUCCAUGGAAUCUGUCAAAUCAACAGUCUCAGAAACUUUCAUGAGCAAGCCCAGCAUUGCUAAGAGGAGAGCCAACCAGCAAGAGACAGAGCAGUUUUAUUUCACGAAAAUGAAGGAGUACCUGGAGGGUAGGAACCUCAUCACCAAGUUACAAGCCAAGCAUGACCUCCUACAGAAAACCCUAGGAGAAAGUCAGCGGACAGAUUGCAGUCUGGCCAGGCGUAGUUCAACUGUGAGGAAACAGGAUUCCAGUCAGGCAAUUCCUCUGGUGGUAGAAAGCUGCAUCCGGUUUAUCAGCAGACAUGGACUACAGCAUGAGGGAAUUUUCCGGGUAUCUGGAUCACAAGUGGAAGUGAAUGACAUAAAAAAUGCCUUUGAGAGAGGAGAGGAUCCCCUUGCUGGGGACCAGAAUGACCAUGACAUGGACUCCAUAGCCGGUGUGCUCAAACUUUACUUCCGUGGGCUGGAACACCCUCUCUUCCCCAAGGACAUUUUCCAUGAUUUGAUGGCCUGUGUCACAAUGGACAACCUGCAAGAGAGAGCUGUGCACAUCCGGAAAGUCCUUCUGGUCCUACCCAAAACCACUCUGAUUAUCAUGAGAUACCUCUUUGCCUUCCUCAAUCACUUAUCACAGUUCAGUGAAGAGAAUAUGAUGGACCCCUACAACCUUGCCAUCUGCUUCGGGCCUUCACUGAUGUCAGUGCCAGAGGGCCACGACCAGGUGUCCUGUCAAGCCCACGUGAAUGAGCUGAUCAAAACUAUCAUCAUCCAGCAUGAGAACAUCUUCCCAAACCCCAGGGAGCUGGAGGGCCCCAUCUACAGCAGAGGAGGAAGCAUGGAGGAUUACUGUGACAGUCCUCAUGGAGAAACUACCUCCGCUGAGGACUCCACCCAGGAUGUGACCAUAGAGCACCACACAAGUGAUGACGAAUGUGAGCCCAUUGAGGCCAUUGCCAAGUUUGACUACGUGGGCCGGACAGCCCGAGAGUUGUCUUUCAAGAAGGGAGCAUCCUUGCUGCUUUACCAGCGGGCUUCUGAUGAUUGGUGGGAAGGCCGACACAAUGGUAUAGAUGGACUCAUCCCCCAUCAGUACAUCGUAGUCCAAGAGACCGAGGACGGUGUCGUGGAGAGGUCCAGUCCCAAGUCUGAGAUUGAGGUCAUGUCUGAGCCACCUGAAGAAAAGGUGACAGCCAGAGCGGGGGCCAGCUGUCCCAGUGGGGGUCAUGUAGCUGAUAUUUAUCUUGCAAACAUCAACAAGCAAAGGAAGCGUCCAGAAUCUGGGAGCAUCAGGAAAGCAUUUCGGAGCGACAGCCAUGGGCUAAGCAGUCCCCUGACUGACUCCUCCUCCCUGGGGGUGGGGGCUAGCUGCCGCCCAUCCUCCCAGCCCAUCAUGAGCCAGAAUCUCCCCAAGGAAGGACCAGAUAAAUGUUCCAUCAGUGGCCAUGGGAGCCUUAACUCUAUUAGCCGCCACUCAUCCCUCAAGAACCGGUUGGACAGUCCACAGAUCCGGAAGACUGCCACAGCAGGAAGAUCAAAAAGCUUCAAUAACCAUCGGCCUAUGGACCCUGAGGUCAUUGCACAGGAUAUUGAAGCAACAAUGAACUCUGCCCUGAAUGAGCUUCGAGAGCUAGAGCGGCAGAGCAGUGUUAAGCACACCCCUGAUGUGGUUCUGGACACUUUGGAGCCCCUCAAAACUUCCCCAGUGGUGGCCCCCACAUCUGAACCCUCCAGUCCCCUACACACUCAACUCCUCAAGGACCCUGAGCCUACCUUCCAACGCAGCUCCAGUACUGCUGGGGAUAUUACCUGUGCCUUCCGGCCUGUCAAAUCUGUCAAGAUGGCUGCCCCAGUCAAACCACCAGCCACACGGCCCAAGCCAACUGUCUUCCCCAAAACAAAUGCUACUAGUCCUGGUGUUAACUCAUCAGCUUCCCCACAGUCUACUGACAAGUCUUGUACUGUCUGAGGGGUAUAAUUUAAUUGUCCUAGAGAAGAGGACUGACUGUUAUUAAAAUAUUCCUAUUUAACUAGCUUGGGGACUUAAGUUGAAAAUUAGAUUCUAAGUUCUUGCAGGAGUUAGUCUCCCCAUUACCCAAACCUUGAGAAUGAAGCCCUUGUUUCUGCCUUUUCCUUCCCUACCUUUCCCACCAUCUCUGCUUCCCUCAGUUGUUGUAAUCCAACCGCCUACAGUACAUACUGUUCUUAGUUUAGCCAGAGACAGGUUUUUCAUUAUCAGGUUGCUGUGAAAUUUGCCAAGGCAAGAAAUGGGGAUUUGAGCCCAUGUCUUAGUCCCUUUAAACCACAGAGGCUGCCUUGACCAGACAGUUGGCUAUAGCCAUCAAGUUCUCAGUGCAUCUUGUUUUGGAGAAUCAUAUGUAGUGCAAUCUUCAUUUUAUAUAUACGUGAACACACACACACACACACACACACACACACACACACGUUUUUCUAGUCUCUGGCCUUUCCUCAUUAUAGACUACUUUGUUAUUGUGGCAGUUCACACAGAAGCCACUAGGGGUCUGUGUUUCCAUCACAAACUUUGUAUUUAACAGGAUGGGACAGUCCUAUGAUGUGAUGUGGGAUUGGGAAUUCUCUUUCUCUUUCUGUGAGUUGGUCACUGGUGUCUGCUUUUGUUCUGCUCUGUCCUACAGAAGUACAUCCCAAUCUUAAGGAGCUUUUAGUUUUUCUGAAUGUGUACACAUAUUUUGGGUUCCUGUCUUUGUCUCUGGCAGACUAUUUUCCAUUUAAGACAUUUUCAAUAUAAGACAGUUUUAUAGCUAGCUCCUUUCAGAGUUAAAAAGUUUUAUUGUUUAUGACAGGUUUGAAAAAGGUAAGAUAUGGGUCCUUCCUCCCACUUUUUUUUUUUUUUUUUGGCACUUAAAACAUAAAAUUCACUCUCCCAUUUUAAAAUAAAAAAGAGCUCUGCUAAUCCAAAAAUUUUCCUAGAUUAAAACUAUUUCAAGUUCACCUCUUGGCUUGGUUUUUUUUAUAAGGUUCUCCCUAGGAAUCAACAGGGACUUGGAGAGCCCUAGUUAAGUCAGAGAGAGAGAGACACUGCUCUUUGAAACUGGUUUUUGUUUAUCCAAACAAGGACAACUAAAGAAACUUUGACCCCACAGACUCAAAAGUUUUCCCAAAGCCAAAAUCUAAAGAAAAAAACUUUAGAUGCUUCAUAUUGAAGCCUUUCUUUGACCUUUCUCCCAGUUUCCCUCCAAAAUUCAGAUAGGCUAUUCUUGAAUACUCUAGUCCAGUCUACAGAUCUGGUACUGUGACACCAUCUCCUCUUGCAUUACGCUACCCCAGGAGCACCAGGGCUAGAAAGUCUGUAUCCCAGGGUCAUAUGUAUCAAGCAGCUCCUUGAAGCUCAAACACAUUCCUCUUUGUGUUUUCUGGUUUGAAAACUUUUAUCUUAGCUUUAUUAUUUUCUGUAGUUCAAGGGAGAUGAUUGAUUGCCAUUCAAGUAGAAAAAUCUGGUUAUUCUUAGCUUUGAGCUAGAAGAAAUCCUUUUUGGACCAACAUGUGUAGUUGAUAGUUAGAUCUAUAGAAAGCAGUACACAUUUCUUAUUCUGUGUGAAGGGAAACAGGAGCUUGGGAGAGUCACUAAUGUGAAGGAUAGCUUGCAACAUCAGGGAAACUACUGCUCCCUGAGCUAGGAAGGAGAACACUAGAACACUAGUCUUAAAGUAAGACGACAAGAGGCAAUCCUUGGUCCUUUGGAUGGAUACUGACCUGUGGUUGUCUCGACCUGGGCUUGUACUAGUCUUGAGCCAAGAGGGAGCUUUCAGACCCAAGGAUCUGUUUCCUUGCCAAAAAUGAAACCCUGACCCUCACUUUUUACAUUCCUCUCAAUCUAACUGCUCAAAAUGUCUAUACCUGCCCCAUAUCCUAUCUCUAGGACACUUCCUCCAAGAAAGUAAAAACAAAGCUUCUUAAAGUAAUACUUUGGGCCUGUUCUUUUGUUCUUGCCUUACUUCUCUUUUAACCCUGUACAUGAUUUGUGUUUGCCAUCCCCUUAGUCAGUGUCCAUCUGCUGAUUUGCAUCAUGAACUGGACAGUAUAUAAGUGGUCCCCUACUAAUCCCAAGCUCUGGGAGCCUAGCUGUCUUCCUCAUCUCUGGUGCUCCUGACUCCUGUGAGAUGGUCCUGUCAAAAGGACUAGGAACCAAUAAGAAGAGAGUCCUUCUUGGCAGAGCUCACUUCAACUGGAAUUGAGGUUGCACACUGUGAUUUUAUGCCCAAAAGCCAAAAGGAGCUGGCCACCCCUGGCCUUGGGCAACCAGCCUUCCUCACAUAGGCUUGCCGAAACCAGCAUGAUGCUUCCAAGAGCCCUGCUCUGCCCCUCGUGGCAUGGAUCCUUUUCCUAGUGUGGACUCGAAUCUUUGAGGAAGAAAAGUGGGGUGGAGCUACCAGCAUCCCAACUUGGAAAACAAGAGUUUGCCACCAGCCUGUAAACUGGAAACAGGCUGAUAUCUGCCAGCCUCCUCAGACCACCCUCUUUUAUCCCCAAGGAGAUGAAAACUCCUGCCAGCACCAGGAUGAACAGACCACUGGAAGGGCUGGUGUGCAUGGACUUCGGUUCAGAAGAGAAGUUAGAUCUUCCAGGGAACUGCAGUGUUGUGGCGUCUGAUUUGUAUGUCACAUUUGUGUAAAAUGGCAUAUUCUUUAAAAUGGUGUUGAUAACUGGAAUAUUGUAUGUAUGCUUGGAGAUGCUUAGUGUGAACCUCAGACUGUCACUCAGCAGAUGUUGGAUUGGGGAAAAUCCAAAGCACAACUUCAAAAUAAAAUACAUUUUUAGGUUUCCAUGCUGUA